GCUGCUCUGAAUAUUACACAUCGCGGAUAGGAAAAGUUUUAAACAAUUCGAAACUAAGAUAUUGUAUAAUAUUUGUGCUAACAGUGCAGAACUCUAAAACACUGUCGGUCGUCUUAUUUAUUUAUUUGAUAGUCUCAUUUACAAUACACAUUUGUCAAAACGAACAUCGUGUUCCCUGUCUUCUCGUACCCCACAAAAAGCCGAAAGUGUUAAUUAGCCAAAUUCUGUAUAUAUAUACAUACAUAUCUGCAUAAAUGUAUAUAUAAAUUUAUAUAUACAUUUGUAUGUGUGGGUGUAUGCAUGUUGUAAAGACAUGCAUAUGGCUGUGUUUUUGUCAUAUUAAACGUUGAAGCUGCUGCAACUAAGAUAUCUUGACUGUUACAGACGCCUGAGACGAAAUAUCAGGGCGUAGCCUUAUCAAGCAAACAAGUUGCCAGUUUAAAAAGUGAGUAAGUUGCACAUUUGGUGGGACUGUUAUGAAAACCGUCAGAGAUUAGACGGACAAGCUUUGCUUAGUUGCUCACAGGCAGCACAACUGCUAUAACUACAACUACAUCAUUAAUAACAACUACGACACCGCCUUGCACCACACCGCUGUGAACAAACGCCGAUGCUGCGCCAGAGCAACAGCUGGAGACAUAGUCAGAGCCAGAGCCAGAGGCAAUUGCAAUUGCAAUUGCAAUUGCAGAUGCAGAUGCAUUUGCAGUACGUCUAACUACGCGCCGCUCGACACAACAGAGCUCCGCCACAACAGCGCCAGCAGCAGCAACGGCAGGAACAGGAACAGCGGCGGCGUCGGUCGAUCUACACUUAAACAUCAAUAUUUAGAUCAAUAUAUAUAUAUAUAAAUAUAUAUAUAGACACACUCAGAUAUACACAUUCAUACACACAUACAUUAAAAACACACACCGACAGUGACAUAGUGUGAGGGUGAUAGAGGUCUUUAGAGAGAGCGAGUGUGUGAGAGAAAAACAAAUAGAGAGAGAGAGUGUGUGUGUGUGUGUGUGUGUGUGUGUGAUAGAAGGAGAUACAGAGAAAUCAGAAGGAGCGUAAACGCUGCCCAGCACACAAAACGCCCAUUUGAAUGGAUCCGUGUGUUGGCUGGUUUCAGGAGGAACAGGAGGGACCAGCGCUGCGCACAUGGUUAAAGAUUUGGGAAACGAGUUCCCAGGAAAUGGGUCCACUUCUAGAGCAACAGCUUCAGCAAAGCAACAACAAUAACAACAGCAGCAACAACGGAAAUAGCACCAGCAACAACACCGGCAACACCAGCAACAACAACAACAACAACAAUACCAAUAACAGCAGCAGCAGUACUAGUAGCAAUAACAGCAGCAGCAGCAACAGCAGCAGCACCAACGCAGCAUCUAGGAUUGUUAACAACGAUUCUACGAUCAGUCUACGCGAUCCCGACUCAUUACAAAUUCUUCUUCAGCAGUUGAACGAGCAGCCAUCACGGCACGGGAACAACAACAACAACAACAACAACAACAGCAGCAGCAGCAUUAACGGAGGCAAAAGCUCUAGCAACACGUCCAUCGAUUCAACAUCGAACAACGACAAUAACUCACCAGCGAGUAAUAGCAGCAGCAGCAGUAGCAGCAUCAGCGCCAGCGCGAACAGUAGCAACGUGACACCAUCAGCAGCAGCAACUGCAGCAACCGGCACUGCUGCAGCAACGCCAACAACAGCAACGGCAACGGCAGCUGUGAGCAGUACAACGACGCCGACCGGUGGUGAUAGUGCCACCGUUACCUCCACCACAACCACUAGCAGCAGCAGCAGCAACAACACCACCACCAGUAGCACCACCGUGACCACAAACACGAAUAGCAACAGCAGCAGCAGCCGAAGCAGCAGCACCAAUUAUAUAGCCAAUCCCGCGUCAAAGGUGCCGCUGCACGAGCGCGCCAACACCUAUUACAAUCCUUCGCGCAGGAAACGCGUCGUGGACAACAAGUCGAGCACUCUGAAUCUGACCAAGCACGCCGACAUGAUUGCCAAAUACAAGGGCUGCCCGUGGCGUGUGCGCGACUAUCAGUACGGCAAGGGCAUCAUUGGACUGCACGAAGAGAUCGAUCAUUUCUAUCAGUAUGUCCUGCCCACGGCCUGCGAGCAUGCGAUACGCAACGAAGUGGUCAAGCGCAUCGAAUCCGUUGUCCAUUCCAUAUGGCCGCAGGCCGUGGUCGAAAUUUUUGGUUCCUUUCGCACCGGCCUCUUUCUGCCCACCUCCGACAUUGAUCUCGUGGUACUAGGCCUUUGGGAGAAGCUACCGCUGCGCACUCUUGAAUUCGAGCUGGUUGCGCGCGGCAUCGCCGAGGCGUGUACGGUCCGUGUGCUAGACAAGGCGUCCGUCCCGAUCAUUAAGCUGACGGACCGGGAGACACAAGUGAAGGUCGACAUAUCGUUCAAUAUGCAAUCGGGCGUGCAAUCAGCAGAGCUGAUCAAACAGUUUAAGCGCGACUAUCCGGUGUUGGGGAAGCUGGUCCUGGUGCUAAAGCAGUUCCUACUGCUGCGCGAUCUCAACGAGGUGUUCACCGGCGGCAUCUCAUCGUACUCACUGAUACUCAUGUGUAUUAGCUUCCUGCAACUGCAUCCGCGUGGCAUUUACCAUGACACGACGAAUCUGGGCGUGCUACUGCUCGAGUUCUUUGAGCUGUACGGACAGAGCUUUAACUACAUUAAUAUUGGUAUUUCGAUCAAGAACGGCGGCCGCUAUAUGCCCAAGGACGAACUGCAGCGGGACAUGGUCGAUGGCCACAGGCCGUCACUGCUCUGCAUCGAGGAUCCUCUGACGCCCGGCAACGAUAUCGGACGCAGCAGCUACGGUGCCCUCCAUGUGCGUCAGGCCUUCCGAUGCGCUUUCAGUGUGAUCAAUAAUGCUGUGAGCGAAUCCAAUCUCUGGGGCAACGAUGUGCGUGAGACGUCCAUCUUGGGUCGGAUAAUUCACAUUACCGAUGACGUCAUUGACUAUCGCGAAUGGAUACGCGAGAACUUUGAAUAUCUAACGGCCAUGGAUCCGAUGUCGUCGCUGCCCACCUACGCCAAUGGCGCUGCCAAGUAUGUGAUCUUGCCAUCUGGCACCGUGGUGCAUCAGAUAUAUCAUCCGGUGCUGCAGCCGCAUACGUUGACGCAGACAUAUCAUACGGCAGCUGUGGCGGCAGUGACAGCGGCUGCCCAGCAGCAGCACCAGCAGCACCAGCAACAGCACCAACAACACCAGCAGCAACAGCAACAACAGCAGCAGCAACAGCAGCAGCAGCAACAUCAGCUGCAGCCGCAGGGCCAGCUGGUUGGCAAUCUGAACAACAUGUCGGCGCUGCGUCACCGGCGAGGCAGCACCUCAUCGGCGGAAGACAGCGAGGAUAGCAAAGACUGUGAGGUUGGCGACCGGGAUAGAGAGUCGCUGACUGGCAUCGGGAUCGGGCAGCAGGCAAUGGAAAUAAUUGACAUCACCGCCUCGCCGCCGAACGGACUGGAAGUGACAGCGAUGCCAGUGACCGUGCCCAAGCCGAUUAUGGUGGCGAUCAGCAAUAGCUCGUUGUCGGGCUCGUCGCCAGACGUGGAGCAGCUACGAGAUGCCCCGGCGGAAGUACUGGAGGAUCACGCAGUAAACCAAUGCCAUGUCUACACCACCACCAGCAGCACCACAACCAGCCACGUCCAAGCCAUCUGCAACAGCAAGCCCAUCAGCAGCAACAUCAUUAGCAGCACCAGCACCAUCACCAGCAGCAGCAGCAGCAGCAGCAGCAGUGGUGGUGGUGGUGGUGGUGGUGGAGGUGCUGGCGGCAACAGCAACACUGCGACGCGAAGCUAUGGCCAGCAGUCGGUGGGUCAGCGCAGUCACAACAAUUCGUAUUACCGCCAGCCGCUCUAUGUGCCACCGCCGUUGCAGCAACAGCAGCAGCAGCAGCAACAACAACUGACCAAGACCAUUUCCAAUGUGCAGCAGAGCAGCUACAACAGCCAUCAUGUCCACCAGCAGCAACGGCCGCAGCAUCUGCGACUGUCCAGCAACAAUAGUAGUAGUGCUAAUACUGGCAGCACUACCUUUCAGCAGCAUCAUCACCCACUCCAUCAGCAACAGCAUCAUCAUCAGCAACAACAGCUCCAUCUCCAUCAGCAGCAACUGCAGCAGCAACAGCAACAGCAACAGCAGCAUCGUAGGCAUUUUCAAACAGGCGUAUCUAAAGCGGUAGGUUCGCCCACAGUAUCAUCAUCCUCCUGCACAACAGCUGGCGCCGCAGCGAUCGUGCUUAGCUGUAAUAGCAGCAGCAGCAGCAGCAGCAACAGCAGCAACCAUAGCGGCGGCCACAGCCGCUUGCAGCAAAUGCGCGAUACGCGCCUGGUUAACUCAUCCUCCUCAAUCAUUUCCAUAUCGUCUGAAUCCUCAGUUGGCAGUUCCAGUUCGUCGCCCCGUUCCCCACGCUGCGCUUCUGGUGGUGAAUCCGCUGACUCGGCUUCCGGCCAGGUGGCUACAGCAGACGAUCGCUAAGGAGGAUACUCAAAUGCUAUUCUAAUAUUCCAAAACUCUGGUUCAGGCAAGCAAAGAAGCCAGCGUGAGUGAGAGGGAUAGAAACAGAUAUUUAGUCCAGGCGGGUCGAGACAAGUUGAGAUAACAGAGACAGAAAAUGAGAUGGAAAGAGUGAGAUAGCGAGAUAGCGAGAAAUGGCAUAGUCCGUCAUGUGCAUUAAUCUACAAAUAGCUGCGUGCGUCAAGAAUAUUAUGAUAGCGACUAU